AUGGUAUCUCGCAAUAGAAUACCAAUAAUACACAGCAACAAACAUUCUCAUCCUGAUUCUCGACGUGGGGCCCACAACUCGAACCGAACGUCAUUCCGAAACCUCGACCCAGCUCAAACCCGGAUCCUUACCCGGCAUCAUCAAUCUCCUCAUCUCCAUAACGUGGCCCCAUUUCCCGGCCCCACCAUACAGCUUCGCCAGCAGCACAUUAGCCGCGCUAUCUUCUCCAUUAAUUUCCAAAACCCUUCGAGCUGCAUAAACCCCUCCCUUAACAUUCUCGUUCUUAACGCAAGAACUCAAAACGCUCCUCCACAAUUCCAAAUUCUCGUCCGAGAAGGGUAA